GCUACGGGGGAGGCGGCCACUGGCCUGGCGUGGGCGCGCGCGGGGCCGCGGCGGGCACGGAGAGUUAGCCGCGUCGCUUCAGCCCGGAGCACCCUCAGCGGCCGCGCCUCCCGCCCUCUGUCCUUCUGCCCGGCCCCGCGCCACCAUGCCCGCCGUGGACAAGCUCCUGCUGGAGGAGGCGUUGCAGGACAGCCCCCAGACUCGCUCUUUACUGAGUGUAUUUGAGGAAGAUGCUGGUACCCUCACGGAUUAUACCAACCAGCUGCUCCAGGCGAUGCAGCGCGUCUACGGAGCCCAGAAUGAGAUGUGCCUGGCCACUCAGCAGCUUUCUAAGCAGCUGCUAGCAUAUGAAAAACAGAAUUUUGCUCUUGGCAAAGGCGAUGAGGAAGUAAUUUCUACACUCCACUAUUUUUCCAAAGUGGUAGAUGAGCUUAAUGUUCUCCAUACAGAGCUGGCUAAACAGUUGGCAGACACAAUGGUUCUACCUAUUAUACAAUUUCGAGAAAAGGAUCUCACAGAGGUUAGCACUUUAAAGGAUCUUUUUGGACUCGCCAGUAAUGAGCAUGACCUCUCAAUGGCAAAAUAUAGCAGGCUUCCUAAAAAAAAGGAGAAUGAGAAGGUGAAGACAGAUGUCGUGAAAGAGGUGGCGGCCACACGGCGGAAACAGCACCUCUCUUCCCUUCAGUAUUACUGCGCCCUCAACGCGCUGCAGUACAGGAAGCGUGUAGCCAUGAUGGAGCCCAUGAUAGGCUUUGCCCACGGACAGAUUAACUUUUUUAAGAAGGGAGCAGAGAUGUUUUCCCAAAAUAUGAACAGCUUUUUAUCCUCAGUUGCGGACAUGGUCCAAAGCAUUCAAGUGGAACUAGAAGCUGAAGCCGAGAAGAUGCAGGUGUCCCAGCAAGAAUUGGUCUCUGUUGAUGAGUCUGUUUACACCCCGGACUCUGACGUGGCUGCACCACAGAUCAACAGGAACCUCAUCCAGAAGGCUGGUUACCUUAAUCUUAGAAGUAAAACAGGGCUGGUCACCACCACCUGGGAGAGGCUUUAUUUCUUCACGCAAGGCGGGAACCUCAUGUGUCAGCCACGGGGCGCCGUGGCCGGAGGCCUGAUCCAGGACCUGGACAACUGCUCGGUGAUGGCGGUGGAUUGUGAAGACCGACGAUACUGCUUCCAGAUCACCACGCCCAACGGGAAAUCGGGAAUAAUCCUCCAGGCAGAAAGCAGAAAGGAAAAUGAAGAGUGGAUAAGUGCCAUAAACAACAUCUCCAGACAGAUCUACCUGACUGACAACCCAGAGGCGGUCGCCAUCAAGUUGAAUCAGACGGCUCUCCAAGCAGUGACUCCUAUUACAAGUUUUGGAAAAAAGCAAGAAAGCUCAUGCCCCAGAUACUAUCUCGUGAGUCCAGACAGAUGUCAUCAGAAAGCUAAGAGUUCAGUUCCCGGGGUCUUGAUGCUGUGCGGCGGGGCGCCAGCCCUGGGUGUGCGGGAAGGAGCAGUAGAAGAGAAGGUCAGAAAGUGGCCCCAGAACCUGAGAAAUUUAGAGCUGGAGAAUGACAAGAUUGUUCCCAAAGCAGCGGCCCGUGUCCCUGACGCCGAUGAGCUCAUCGCACCCGGAACACCUAUCCAGUUCGAUAUCGUCCUUCCUGCCACAGAAUUCCUGGACCAGAACAGAGGGAGCAGGCGCAUCAACCCUUUUGGUGAGACUGAGGAUGAGACCUUUCCAGAAGCAGAAGAUUCCCUUUUGCAACAGAUGUUUAUAGUUCGGUUUCUGGGAUCGAUGGCAGUUAAAACAGACAACACUACCGAAGUGAUUUAUGAAGCAAUGAGACAAGUGUUGGCCGCUCGGGCUAUUCACAACAUCUUCCGCACGACGGAAUCCCACCUGCUGGUCACCAGCCAGACUCUGAGGUUGAUAGAUCCUCAGACUCAAGUAACAAGGGCAAAUUUUGAACUCACCAGCAUCACCCAGUUUGCUGCUCAUCAGGAGAACAAGAGACUGGUUGGCUUCGUGGUCCGCACAUCGGAAUCCACAGGUGGAGAGGCUCUGAGCACAUACGUUUUUGAAAGCAACUCAGAAGGCGAAAAGAUAUGUUAUGCUAUUAAUUUGGGGAAAGAAAUCAUUGAAGUUCAGAAGGAUCCAGAAGCAUUGGCUCAGUUAAUGCUGUCCAUACCACUAACCAAUGAUGGAAAAUAUGUACUGUUAAACGAUCAACCAGAUGACAAUGAUGGAAGUCCAAGUGAAAAUAGAGGCGCAGAAUCUGAAGCAUAACUCUCUUGGGCCUUUGGGGGAAGAGCACCCAGGAAGGAGAGCUACCUCCUUAAGGGUUUUCAACUUCUCUGAUAUACAGGCCCAUGACCUGGUUUCAGAAUGCUGACAAUCGCUUGUGGAAUGUCCUCUGGAUGCCUUGAUACUGAGAGAUGGGAGGGAAACAGUAAGAAAUGGUUGACAACAUUCCUACCCAUCUACAAAUGUUAUUUUAGGUGCUUUGUGGUAAGUCUUUUUCUUAGAUUUUAUUGUUCAGCACUCAGAAUGAAAGUUAAAGAAAAAAUGCAUUGUUCACUUUAUUCAAAUGUCAUCUCUUCAGUUUCCAAUACCCUUUUUUAAAAAUGGUAAAAACCUAGAUUUAUAAUUUGAUAAACACUAAAUAUUUCCUAUUAAUAUAUUUUUGUAUUUUACUUAAUGAGCUUUAAGUGCCUGUCACUCUGAAAAUUGUGUAUUUAUAAUCAAGCUUGUUUUACAAUUGGACUUAAUAGCAUUAAUUUGUGCAGUUAAGUGACAGCCCUGCUUUGAGGCCUGAGCACUAGCAAAAAUGCAGUUUUGAUAAUUUUUCCAGACAUGUAAUAAAAAGACUAGCAGAUGAGUACCACAAAAGAUGUUCAAUUUUACAUUGGAACCUUAAUGAACCAGCAUUCAGAAGUUUAUGGUCCUUUAGAUAUUUGUAGUGGUGGAUCACCAUGGACAGAGUGAAGCUCUACCAGUUCCUGAUUCUUGAGCCAGACCCUCCUUAAGGAAGGGACCAAUUAAUUUUAAAACUCACUUGAAGCACGGCUGGUUGUGGGGCUUGGUACAAAGUUCCUAUUUCCACCCCUACCUAUUAAAAUAAGUAUAAUGAUCUUGAAUUGGCACAGUGUGUUUAAUUAUAACCAAGUUCAACAGAAUAUCAUUGUCUUUGUAAUAAAUUAACCUAGCAAUAAAUGCUAGCAAAUAAAAACUAUCAUUGUUUCUUU